UUCAGAUGAGAAGAAGAGAAAAUGUAUUUUGACCCAGAGAAACCUAGAGUUGUUUAUGCAGGAGUACAGAUAACAAGGGAUAACAGUGUACUAUUAGGGAUGAAACUACGCGGGUUUGGAACAGGUCUGUGGCAGCAUACAUUCGCUGGAAAGGUGGAGAAGAAUGAGAGUUUAGAGGGAGCUGCAAUACGAGAGCUUGAAGAGGAAACAGGGCUAGUAGUUGGACUCCAGGAUAUAGUUCCUGCAGGAUAUAUUGAAUAUGAGUUCUCAGAUCCUGGUCUAGUUCCUCAUAUCAUGCAGAUUCAUAUAUUCCGUGCAUUGCGUUGGGUUGGAGAACCAAGAUGUACUUCAGAAAUUAGACCGGAGUGGUUCAACAUUCAAGAUAUGCCGUUCUCCCAUAUGUGGAGGGAUAACGCGGAGUGGUUGGUUCAGUGUCUGCGGGGGGAGAGAGUGCAAGGAUACUUCCUCUACUCCGACCUUCAAACCAUCUCUACUCAGCAGAUACAGUUCUCCUCAGCCUCAUCCUGCCAACAGUUCCAGUCUAGCUCUCUAACUAUGUAGCUGUGAUAUAAAACCCUCCGUUAAUACUUCAUCACUUUACGCCAAAGAAAAAGGAGUCCUUUAAUAUUAGCUUAAACCUUAAAAUUUUAAUACUUAGAAAUCUUUU